GGGGCCAAGCUCGCUCCCGCCCCCUUCCCCCUUCCUCCCUCCUCCCUUCGGCGGGUGUGAUCCGAGCGGCCUCGCCUCACCGUUUAGCGCCCCCCUCAGCCGCCGCCGCCGCCGCCUCCGCCCCCGCCUGCCGGCCAUGUCCUCCAGCCGCCGCCGCCGCCGCCUGAGCGCGGCGCUCCUGCGGCCAGGUGCGCAGUGAGCGCGGCCCGUGGGGCCCUCCGCCCGCCCCGGGGCCCCCUUGUUCUUCGCGCCGCCGCCGCCGCCGCCAUGUUGGGUUUAGAGCCGCAGCGGAGCCGCCGCCGCCGCCGCGGGUGAGGGAGGCCGAGAGCGGAGCCGCCCCGCCCCGGGGCCCAGGGAACCGGGCCGCCUCGGAGCCCGGCCUCUUCCCGGCCUUCCACCCGCACGCCUGCCCGUGGUGCGAGCCGGGCAGCGAGGGAGCGAGCGAGCUAGGGUACGGCGCCGGGCCCCGGCCGCGCCUUUCGCUCCCGGCCCGAGCGAACCCGCCGCCGCCGGGCCCGGCCUCAGUCUGCGGCGGAGCCCGCGAGAAGCAGCGCCAUGGCGGAGCAGACCUAUUCGUGGGCCUAUUCCCUGGUGGAUUCCAGUCAAGUGUCUACAUUUCUGAUAUCCAUUCUUCUUAUAGUCUACGGUAGUUUCAGGUCCCUUAAUAUGGACUUUGAAAAUCAAGACAAGGAAAAAGACAGUAACAGUUCUUCUGGGUCUUUCAAUGGCAACAGCACCAAUAAUAGUAUCCAAACAAUUGACUCUACCCAGGCUCUGUUCCUUCCAAUUGGAGCAUCUGUCUCACUUCUAGUAAUGUUCUUCUUCUUUGACUCAGUUCAAGUAGUUUUUACAAUAUGUACAGCAGUUCUUGCAACAAUAGCUUUUGCUUUUCUUCUUCUCCCGAUGUGCCAGUAUUUAACAAGACCCUGUUCACCUCAGAACAAGAUUUCCUUUGGUUGCUGUGGACGUUUCACUGCUGCUGAGUUACUAUCAUUCUCUCUGUCUGUCAUGCUCGUCCUCAUCUGGGUUCUCACCGGCCAUUGGCUCCUCAUGGAUGCACUGGCCAUGGGUCUCUGUGUUGCCAUGAUCGCCUUUGUCCGCCUGCCAAGCCUCAAGGUCUCCUGCCUGCUUCUCUCAGGGCUGCUAAUCUACGAUGUCUUUUGGGUAUUUUUCUCAGCCUACAUCUUCAACAGCAAUGUCAUGGUGAAGGUGGCUACACAGCCAGCUGACAAUCCCCUCGAUGUUCUAUCCCGGAAGCUCCACCUAGGGCCCAAUGUUGGACGUGAUGUUCCUCGCCUGUCCCUGCCUGGAAAAUUGGUCUUCCCAAGCUCCACUGGCAGCCACUUCUCCAUGUUGGGUAUCGGAGACAUUGUGAUGCCUGGUCUUCUGUUGUGCUUUGUCCUUCGCUAUGACAACUACAAAAAACAAGCCAGUGGUGACUCCUGUGGGGCCUCUGGACCUGCCAACAUCUCUGGGCGCAUGCAAAAGGUCUCCUACUUUCACUGUACCCUCAUUGGAUACUUCGUAGGUCUCCUCACUGCUACAGUGGCAUCUCGCAUCCACCGAGCCGCGCAGCCUGCCCUCCUCUACUUGGUGCCAUUUACCUUAUUGCCACUCCUCACCAUGGCCUAUUUAAAGGGUGACCUACGGCGGAUGUGGUCUGAGCCAUUCCACUCCAAGUCCAGCAGCUCUCGAUUCCUGGAAGUAUGAUGGGUCACAUCAGAAGUGACCAGAAUGGCCAUCGUCUUUUCCCUCAACACGUGGUUUUGUUUGCUCUUAGUGCUGGCCUGGUACUCAGAAGCGUACCUGUGUAAGGAACUGACGUGUGACUGGAGUUUGCCUCUAAAGGGAGCUCAUUGGCCGGCCAGAGAGGGUGCUGGCCCUGCCGGGUCCUUCUCUUCCUGCCCCUUCCAGAGUGAGAGGCCCUCCCCAGCACUACUUCUUCCCAUUUUUAUGGACCUGCGCCAGACUGUUACCUUGCGGGGAGUCGGAGACUUGACUAUUUAAAAACUGCAAACGGCAUGGAGUCGUUUUAGAACUUUUGAACACUAAAAGGAUGAAAAAACAAUUAACAUACCGAAGUUUCUUCAGUGAACCCUCCAGAACUUUGGGACCAGUUUCCUUUGGGGGACUCAGUUUCCAAGAACUGAGACAGAAGUUCUUCUGUCAUUAUAUUCUUUCCUUUUUUUGGAUUUAUUAAAUAUUUUCUGUGGUGUGAAGUGA